AGCGUUGAUCCUCUUAACUGAUUAGUGCCCGCGACUAGAGAAGAGGAACCUGCGUGGGAGGCGGACGGACAGAUGUCUACUCCCCCUCCCACCUCCACACGCCAUCAUCCUUGUUUAUUUCAGACCCCGAGGACUCUCUAAUGAGCUCCUUUCCUUUUUAAUCGACUUCUGGAACUCUCAAAAUGAAAAAAAAAAAGAACAUCUGGAAAUCUGAGUUCUUUGGACUCGAAUAUCAAUCGUUGGUUCUCGAGGGGCUUAGACCUGAAACAAAGGCGUCAUUUCCAUCGUAACAAGAAGUGCAGGUCGCUCGACCGAAAUCCGAUCUUUGUAUCCCGAGGUUUCUGUGCGUCCGUUAAUCCCUGGAUUCGGAACAGCUCAAUCCACACACAUCAAAUGAGGCGAGGAAUGAAGAACUAGUUUGUCCAAUGAAGAAGUGAAUCAUCUGUGAUUGCAGUCAUGGCUGUCCAGACUGGCAUCCAGGUAUGGUUUGGCGAGAGGUUCGACGCCCCCGUCCUGAGCCCGAGGAGUCCCCGCAGCCCGUUGGCGCAGCGGCACGGCCGCGGGCCCGGCCUCACCGACGUCUUCCAGUACGACCAGUGGCUGGCCGUUCGGCACGAAGCCACCUUGGUACCCAUGCAGGAGGAUCUCGCCAUCUGGCUCACGGGCAUGCUGGAAGAGGAGGUGAGGGCCGAGUUCUUCAUGGAGGAACUCAACAACGGCGUCAAGCUCUGCAAACUCAUCGGCGCCCUGCAGAAUAAAAUCGCCCAGAGUUGCCCGUCUGCACUCGGCAAGCUUUUUCCAACGCAGAAGGUUGCCUGUAAGCUUGACGCCUCUCCGGGUUCCUUUUUCGCUCGCGACAACACUGCCAACUUCCUGUCCUGGUGUCGGCGCAUCGGCGUGGACGAGACGUACCUCUUUGAGUCCGAGGGGCUCGUGCUGCAUAAGGAGCCCAGGCAGGUCUGCCUCUGCCUGCUGCAAAUUGGACGCAUCGUCUCCAAGUACGGCGUGGAACCUCCUGUGCUGGUCAAACUGGAGAAGGAGAUUGAGCUGGAGGAAACCCUCCUCCUGACCGAGGAGCCGCCGCCGGCCGUCCAGACCUUCAGCGUGUGCUGCCAACAUGGCGGCCUUUACCAGUCAGGGGAACACGGCGCCGACGACCCGCCUUGCUGCAACUGCUCCAACAGGGUGUCCAUUGAGUACCUGUCAGAAGGUCGCUACCGACUUGGGGACAAGACCAUCUUUAUUCGGAUGCUUCACGGCAAACACGUGAUGGUGCGCGUCGGGGGCGGCUGGGACACGCUGCAUGGCUUCCUCAGCAAGUACGACCCGCUGCGCGUGCUGCAGUUCACCACCUUGGAGCAGAAGAUCCUGGCCUUUCAGAAGGGCCCGCCAGGUUUGGGAGGUCACCACGGCAAUACGGCGCCGCCUCCUGAGAUGGACCCCCUGGCGGCUGUCGACGACCUUAUCUCCUCGUCGUCCUCCUCCUCUUCCUCGUCCUCCUCCUCCUCCUCAGGCUCGGUCUGCAAGACCUCCCUGCCAGCCGCGGGUCAGACGUGUCGCUCCUACGCCGCGUCGCCUGCCUGCACGCCCACACUGGCCAGGAAAGGGGCUGGCGCGGUGCCAAAGAAGAACCUCCAGUUAACGUCGCCCGCCCCGAGGAAGCCCACCCAGCUGCCUUUGCCUGUCUCCACCAAAGUCUCCUCUUCGUCCUCUUCCUCCUCCUCUUCUUCUUCGCCCAGCACACCUGUGGGCAGCUCCAAGCAGUCCCCCAGUCCAGUGCAGGUCCAGCGUAGAGCUUUGACGCCCCAAGCAGACCCGUACGCUGCAUCCAGACCGAGGCUUCGACCGCCCACUCGCAUCCCCGCCUCUCAGCCGAGGAGUCCGGUCUGCCCCGAGCCUUCUUCCAAAUGCCCCAAACCGUCCAGUCCCAUCGCCGCGCCACGCCCUGCCACCGCCCCGAAAGAUGCCCGACCCCCGACUGGCACCGGCCAGCGCACCCGCCUCGCACAGCGCCGCCCCGGCUCCCCCGCCUCACGCCUCCGUCUCGAGACAGCGAGGAGGGUCCGGGCGGCAGCGCGUAAUACGGCCACGCCCGUUCUGCAAGCUCGCUCGGCCUCCCCAGCUACUCCAGAACCUGCCUCACCUCUCCCCGUUAAAGACACCGCAGCCAAAACCAAGGUGCCGGCCUCGACCAAGGACUCCGGCCCCUUCCAACGAGGUCCCGCUGCCCCUUGGCGACACCCUGGGGGCAACGGUGCCCUGGCCAACACCAAAGUCAACCAGAAAGAAACCACCACAACCCAGAAGGCAGGCCAAAAAAACUCCGCUUUGACAAACACCAUCAAAGCCGUCUCGGCCCCUCCGAAGACCACCCCGGAUGUCAUCGCGAAACCGGAGCAUGGCACCAGCAGGAAGAUCCCUCAGUACAGAGGCAAGCGCGAAGACCCUUAUUUCGAAAUGAACUGUCGGAGAAGGCAGAAGACCUGAUGGGAAGGGCCUUUACCAGCAGGCUGGUGAAUUAGAAAAAAAAAAUCUGCACUUGUUUCUGCUCCUUUCAAACUAACCCUUAUUGAAUCAAGUCUACUGCAAUUUUAUUUCAUAGCAGGGGUGUCCAAAAGUUUUAUUACGCGGCCCUCGGGCUGUAGUUUGGACACCUUUUUUUUUUUGGCGCAUAUUCCAGACUUUUCAUCCAAAAAUCGACGUUUUUUAUGUCUCGUCUUUGUGGUGGAAUAAUCGACGGUUCGUCUUUAGACUACCUAACAGUUACUUCUAAUGUUUACAUUUUUACACAUGCAGCAGUCGCGACGGUCUGAGAUUCUUUUGUCCAAAGUGAGCUUCGAAAGCAGAAAAGGCUACCAAAGUCGUACGUGUCAUUUCGAAACGACACAACCGGAACUGGAACGAUUUUUUUAACGACAUCUUGGCGCCAUCAAGAUCAAGUCCUCUGUUAUGUGCCUUCAUCACAAAUCAGAGUGAUUGGCAUUAGAAUGUAUUAGAUGGGUGAAGGGGAUUUUAUUUUAUUUUUUUAAAUGAAAUUUGCACAGUGUGUACAAACACUUUUUAAGGAGGCAAAGGUUACAGAUAAACUACUGAUCAUACUACUUUUUAUUUUCUCUCAUCAGGCCAUGCCAUCACUAUCAAUGCACAUUUAAAACUUUUUUAAAUGUUUUCUAUGUUGGUGUGUUGAAAUUCUAGUUUUCCAUGUGAUAUUUGUCUAUAUUUAGAGAUAGAGUAUUUACAGAUUAUUAAAAGUUUUUUCUCCCCUUUGUGUUUGGCACUUUACAGAAACCUCUGUUCGUCACACUGAAUGUUGAUCAUGUCUCUUGUCCCAGAUACUGUUUGUUUUAUGUGGUUGUUUUCUAAUAAACUGGUGAAAAUCCAUCUUGACUGUU